AUGUAUCGUCUUCGUAUAAAAGAUAACUUGGAGGCGGGUGAUCUCGGUAAGACCUGGCAUGUUUCCCAGACUGGUCGUACAGACUCGCAGCUAUUGGCCAACGUCCCUGAUAACGUAGAGCAUCAUGAAGAGCUUCACCACAACGAAGUACAAGAACGCAAUCGGCCACCCUCUCCACCACUUCCUCCGCUUCCUUUGGAAGCGGCGAAAACCCAACAACAUUGGCCUGCAAACGACUGGCAAGUGGCGCAAAUCCCAGCCAUCCCUUCUUGGCAGCGAGUGUAUCAACGUCUACUUGAUUGGGCACUUGUCUGGUCCGAUAAUGAGCUCCAGCGGGCUCUCGCCAGCACAUUGCCCGGCGUACAUGUGGAUGAGGUGGCAUUGACUAUUUGGCUGACACAGACGUACAAACGCUACGUGCGAGCCAAGCAAGUCGAACACCCACCCGGUCGUGUUGAUAGGUGCUACGUUCCGCCCAACAUUGCCGAUGCCAUCAAUAUCGCCGUGUUCAAUGGACGUCACGGAGACGCCAAGGUGAUGCUUCGUGAUUUGUGGGCUCCAUUCGGUUUCGACGGAAUGCCGCGACUUCUCAUCGUGCUCGCCCGUCACCGCCGGGACGCUAAUCACUACGUCGUCCACAGGUUUGCUCUUCCGGAAGGCUCACUGACCACUUACGAUACGUAUCCAGAGAAGACUCUAGCCGAUGGCAGGCCCCUCGGAUGGUGGUUCGCUAUUCAGGCAGCAUGGCCUAACGCGAUAUAUCCUCAGCCAGACAAUCUCGUGCAGAAAAUCAUUCGCAUUAAUCGGCCAAUGCAACUGACCGUGGAUAACUCUGUUGCGGCGGCCGCCAUAUGGAGAAAUCUCAUUAUGGGUUCCAAGGCGGAACGGAGUGUCGACCUAGUUAGACUGAGAGAUCUGAUCAACACAGAAGUCAAGUCGCUCAUUGCUCGAAAGGAGCUUGGUCGCCUCAGUGUUCUUGGAGGCAAGUCGCAAUGGGAAGACAUUCCCCCAUAA